GAAAUACUUAGACCUGUUUGUAAAUGUAGACAGCCCAGGACUGCCUUCUGCUAUGCAAGGAGACAGGGAGGAGUUUAAUCUUCUUAGCCACACACUGGGCUGGUGCAGAAGCAGCGAGAAGUAGUUUUGGCAGUAUCAGAUAGCACUUUUUCCUUCGGGUUUGCUGUGUCCUAAACUUCAUAAGAGGAUGGGAAAGAAAAAAGCAAGGUCACCUCUUGCGACACUAAGCCACAGAAACCUUACUCUGGUGCAUUUCUGUAAAGAGCAGCCUUCUAAGAACCCGCUUGGGUGGGAAGGUGGUGGUGAAUACAAGCAGGCAGGAAGUCUCUUGAAAACGAGUGGUCUGCCUCGGAUAGAGGAGGAGGCUUCCUGCACCGUCUUGCCAGGAGUGCUAAAGAACAGUGACAGACAGGCAGUAUCUGGGCAUGAUUCGCCUGCCUCCCUAUCAGCAUCAACAAUGAAGCACAGGCUUGCCUUUGACAAUGUUAGCUUUGUGGAUGACGUGGAGCCUUCACCCUCUCUCCCUUCUCCAGUGAACACUGUUACUCUCCAUAUCAUGGGUAUCACUGGCCAGGACACUGUCCAAUCUAUUGAGGGCUACAUUUCCAAGGUAAAAGGAAUUGUGAGUGCUAAGGUGUCUCUGGAGGGAAGUAAGGCCGUGAUACAAUAUUUGGAAGCAGAAAUAAGUCCCCAUCAGAUCUGCCAGGAAAUAAAAGACUUGGGGCUUGAUGCCACUGCAGGAGAUACAAAGCAGUCUUCAGCGCCUGGCAUAGGAGAAGCUUUCAUUAAAAUGAAAAUAGAAGGCAUGACCUGUCAGUCUUGUGUCAACACGAUUGAAGAAAAGAUUGGGAAACUGCAUGGUGUAAAGAAAAUCAAAGUCUCCCUCACCAACCAAGAAGCCGCCAUUACUUAUCAUCCUGUUAGAAUUAAACCUGAAGAAUUAAAGAAUAAUAUAGAUGGCCUGGGCUAUGAAAGUGCUAUCAAGGACAAGCAAGCCCCCUUGAAUCUUGGGUUGAUCGACACAGAACGAUUGUGGCAGGUAAACGGAAGAACCCCUGACGGGCUUGAUGGUGACAGAGAUAUGAUGGGAAAUAGCGUAACGGAUGUUGUGGUGCUGGGUGUGGAAGGAAUGCACUGCAAAUCCUGCGUCAAUCUCAUUGAAGGUUCAGUCUCAGACAUGCCUGGGGUACGAUGUAUCAAAGUGUCCUUGGAACAGAAAAAUGCCGUUAUACAGUUUGACAAAAAACUGACUACUCCAUCCUUCUUGCAGCAAGCUAUUCAAGCCCUUCCUCCGGGCAACUUUAAAGUAUCCUUGUCUGCUGAAGUUGAGAGCCAUAAUGGACCAACUGUCUCAAACCCAACGUUCUCUUUGCCUUGUCACUCUAGCAGCCCUCCCCAAGUAGAAACACAGAGCGAGUCCAGCACAACCGUAAUUAAGGUGGAUGGAAUGACUUGCAAUUCCUGCGUGAAAUCCAUUGAAAGUGCCAUGUCCCAAAGGAAAGGGGUGGUGCAUAUCUCUGUGUCUUUAGCAGAAGGGACAGCAACUAUGUCUUACAGUUCAGUUGUAACCAACCCUGAGGAUCUGCGAGCUGCUAUAGAAGACAUGGGAUUUGAUGCUUCUGUCCUAAUAGAUGCCACCACCACCGGGAAAUCUACUAAGGGAGGUACAGAGCCCAGUAUACCCGCCUCUUCCUCCUUGGCAAGCAAAGCUGCCCCAGUAUUGUCACAUGGAGAAGACUUCUCACAGAAAAAGAACAUAGAUCAUGACCCUCCAAAGCUUCCCAGUGCAGGAACAACUGAAAGAUGCUUCAUAUUGGUCACAGGCAUGACGUGCACAUCAUGUGUAUCAAGCAUAGAGAAGAAUCUGGAAAAAGAGGAUGGAAUAGUGUCUGUACUUGUUGCUUUGAUGGCGGGGAAAGUUGAGGUCAAAUAUAAGCCAGACAGAAUUGAGCCUCUUGAAAUCACCCAGUUGAUUGAGAACUUGGGUUUUGGAGCUUCAGUCAUAGAUGAUGAUCCCGGUGCAAAUGGCAGUAUCGAUCUUAUAAUCCUAGGAAUGACCUGUGCUUCAUGUGUUUAUAACAUUGAAUCCAAACUUACCCAAACGCCUGGCGUUCUUCAUGCAUCGGUAGUGCUGGCUACCUCCAAGGCCCAUGUCCGCUUUGACCCUGAAGUGGUUGGUCCUCGAGACAUUAUAAAGAUUAUUCAGGGCAUUGGUUUUCAGGCAUCUUUGGCUAAAAGAGAUCCAAAGGAUCAUAACCUGGAUCACAAGCAGGAGAUCCAACAGUGGAGGAAAUCGUUCUUGUGGAGCCUGCUCUUUGGUAUCCCAGUUUUGAGCUUAAUGAUUUACAUGUUGAUACCCUCUGGUGACCAUCCUGAAUCCAUGGUGCUGGAGAAGAAUGUCAUUCCUGGAUUAUCUAUUCUAAACCUUCUCUUCUUUGUCCUUUGCACUUUGGUUCAGGUCCUUGGUGGAUGGUACUUCUAUGUCCAAGCCUACAAGUCACUGAAGCACAAGAUGGCCAACAUGGAUGUCCUUAUCGUGCUGGCCACCUCGAUAGCUUACGCCUACUCGUGCGCCAUUUUGAUAGUUGCCAUUGCUGAAAAGGCAGAGCGAAGUCCUGUCACUUUUUUUGACACUCCUCCAAUGCUGUUUGUGUUCAUAGCUCUUGGGCGAUGGCUGGAACAUAUAGCAAAGAGCAAAACAUCAGAGGCGCUUGCCAAAUUAAUCUCUCUUCAAGCUACAGAAGCUGUUGUAGUGACACUUGGACCUGACAAUUGUAUCAUCAGGGAGGAACAAGUGUCUGUUGAAUUGGUCCAAAGAGGCGAUAUCGUCAAGGUGGUACCUGGAGGGAAAUUCCCAGUGGAUGGGAAAGUGAUUGAAGGCAGUUCUAUGGCAGAUGAAUCUCUCAUCACUGGGGAAGCCAUGCCUGUUGUUAAGAAGCCUGGCAGCACAGUUAUUGCAGGCUCUCUAAAUGCGCACGGAUCUGUGCUUGUCAGUGCCACUCACGUUGGUGCUGAUACCACCCUCGCGCAAAUUGUGAAACUAGUAGAAGAAGCUCAGAUGUCAAAGGCACCCAUUCAGCAGCUAGCUGACAAAUUUAGUGGAUAUUUUGUCCCUUUUAUAGUAAUCAUUUCAACUGUAACUCUGGUCACAUGGAUCGGAAUUGGAUUUCUACACUUUGAUAUUGUGCUGAAAUACUUUCCUCAUCAUAGUAAGCAAAUUUCGAAAGCAGAAGUUGUUGUGCGCUUUGCCUUCCAGACCUCCAUCACUGUCCUGUCCAUUGCAUGCCCUUGUUCCUUGGGUCUGGCUACCCCGACAGCCGUCAUGGUGGGCACUGGAGUUGCUGCACAAAAUGGUAUUCUCAUCAAAGGUGGGAAACCCCUGGAAAUGGCACACAAGAUAAAGACAGUGAUGUUUGAUAAAACCGGGACCAUCACCUAUGGCGUGCCAAGAGUCAUGAGGGUUCUCUUGCUCGGAGACGCAGGAGCUACAUUGUCUCUGAAGAAGGUGCUUGCGGUAGUUGGCACAGCAGAAGCCCACAGCGAGCACCCUCUGGGAAUGGCUGUCACAAAAUACUGCAAGGAGGAACUUGGCACAGAGACCCUUGGCUACUGCAAAGAUUUUCAAGCAGUCCCUGGAUGUGGAAUAAGCUGCAAUGUCAGCGGUGUUGAAGUUGUGUUGGGUGAAUCUGAGCAACACUUGAAUGAUAACCCCAGUCCUCACCUUGGUAUGGGUGACAGAGGUACAACAGAACAAAAUUCGCAGCCCUUGAUCUCAAAACUGGGAGAUGCAGAUGUUUCUCAGACUUAUUCCGUAUUGAUAGGAAAUCGGGAAUGGAUGAGACGGAAUGGCUUGUAUAUCUCCAGUGAUGUUCAUGAAGCCAUGACAGGCCAUGAAAUGAAAGGACACACGGCUAUCCUCGUGGCUAUAAAUGGUGCACUUUGUGGCAUGAUUGCAAUAGCAGACACUGUGAAGCCAGAGGCAGCUUUAGCGAUGCACACAUUGCAAAAUAUGGGAGUGGAUGUCGUGCUUAUCACAGGAGACAACAGGAAAACAGCCAAAGCAAUUGCAACUCAGGUUGGGAUCAGGAAAGUAUUUGCUGAGGUCCUCCCAUCUCACAAGGUAGCCAAGGUCCAGGAACUCCAGACAGCAGGGAAGAGAGUUGCCAUGGUUGGAGAUGGAGUCAAUGAUUCACCAGCCUUGGCAAGAGCAGAUGUUGGCAUUGCUAUUGGAACAGGCACAGAUGUUGCCAUAGAAGCGGCAGAUGUGGUGCUGAUUCGGAAUGACUUACUUGAUGUGGUUGCAAGUAUUCAUCUCUCCAAGAGGACAGUAAAAAGAAUCCGAAUAAAUCUGAUCUUGGCCUUAAUAUACAAUCUGCUAGGCAUACCCAUAGCAGCAGGAGUCUUUAUGCCUGUUGGCAUCGUGUUACAACCAUGGAUGGGGUCAGCAGCUAUGGCAGCAUCUUCUGUAUCUGUUUUGCUCUCUUCCCUCCAGCUUAAAUGCUACAAAAAACCAGGCACGGAAACAUACGAAGCACGAGCUCAUGGACGCAUGAAGCCCAUUACUCCAUCCCAAGUCAGUGUCCACAUUGGAAUGGAUGAUAGGAGACGAGGCCUUCGCAAAUCAGAGGCUUGGGAUGAUGCCAGUCAAGUAUAUCUUUGUUCUUUGACUUCAGACAGAUUGGGGGAUUCUUUAGGUAAUGAAGCAGACAAGUGGUCUCUGCUCACAAGCAGCCAAGAUGAAGACCAGUAUAUUUAAGAAGGCUGCGCUCUGUGACUGAUCAUAAUAUUCUGGGACUGGACUACUUUACUCUGUGGCUCUUCUACAAAAGAGGCGUGGGAUUCUUGCGUUUGGCUUCCAGAGUGCCUGUAGGGUGUGUUUAGUGCUCAGAUGGACGUGGAGGGAGCACCUUUAAACUGAUGUAGGUCUCUGAGCCUGCUGCUUAAGAAUGCCACUUUAAUUUGGAAUUUGAUCUCUCUCUGUCCCACGCUGGAGUCAGGGGUCUAGUUUCUGAUAUGAACUAUUCCUUCGAAUAUAAGUGCAUUUCUAUUUUAAGCUCUCCGCAAUGCAGUGGGAACUCUGAAAAGCAGAGCAGUGAAGAGAGAGCCUCCUGGAUAGGAUCUGGCUUAUUAAAUACAUACUGCCACCAAUUUAUAACAGAGAAGGGAGACAACUUAAUUAUAGUGAUUAUAUGAAGCAGCAUUCUGUUAGGAUCUGCCAAUCACAGGCAUCAACACUCUCCCUCCCCCAAGACCUCUCAUCGCCUUUUGUACAACAGUUGGGUUGUUGGAGGGAAGAAACAAGCGGGCUCCGCAGUUAAACGGCAGCAAACCUGACAGGGCUCCGAGGUUCCCGGGUCAAGUGUGUCAGAGUUGGGAGGAGCCAAAAAAGCACCUCGGUUCUCCCCAACUUACUGACUGGCUUGUACUGUGGCAGCAUGAGGGCUAAGCUUUUGUGGGCAAAGUCUGGGUUCCUGUGACCGAGAGGGGCCCCAAACGAUGCCCCUUGUACAGUGCUGCCAAACCAAAACAUGGUCCUCACAGGUGAGGCUCUGCUGCCCCUGCCAUCUUCAUUUGACAGGUUGUCGCAGAAUGAGAGUGGCAGUGAGCCCAGCCAAUCAGAUGGUAUCUUUCUGAAUGCACCAGUGCCACCUAUCCCAAAAACCGUUUGUUGCCACUUUCUCUCUUUCUGGGGCAAUUAUUCAACUGAAGAUGGUGGGCUGCCAGAACGGUGCUUUGUUUUGUAGCUUGCCAUGCUUACUGCUACCUCCUGCGCUAUUUAUUCACCUGCAUUGAUUAGUUCCCUCCUUUCUCUCAAAUUUGGCCCUGAUAGGGUCAUUGCUUAUAAUGACAGAGUCUCCCCCCCUCUAGCUUUGACUUUAUUAUUAUUUUUCACUAAAUAAAGAAAUGAACUUCGGUUUUCAUAAGAGAGUCUAUUCAUUUCAUCUUUCUUAAAAGCCACUUGUGUAUUCAGAUGCUUUGUAAAGCCAAGUGUAUCUUCCUUUAAGUUGCUUCCCAAUUGGCAUGUUGGUUUGAAUAACAGUGAAGAAUUUUUUAAAAUAUGUUUUUUGUCACUUUCCAAGCUUUAAACUUCACGAGCUGUCACAAGCUGUGACAGAUAGAUUAUUGCUCUAUUCUCAAUGAAAUUCUAGUCUCCAACCUCCCUCCAUCUCCUGUUUCUCAUGUAAAAUAAUAAGUAUUUGAAAAGAACAGUCCCACAAACACGAACAUUCAGAUAAUUACCUAGAAAAUUUAAGAGCUCACUAGGGUAGGGUAGGCGGACAAGCGGCGCAACAGGAGGCAACAAUCAACCUCCAUCCUCGCCAGCUUCAUUUUAAUUGCAUCUCCAGACUAAAAGUAAACUUUAGCCAAUCAGAUGGCACUUUGGAGGGCAUUUUAGCCCCAGUACUGGCUAUGUGUCCCCAAACAUACAUCUUGUGUUGUCAGGAGGGAGCAUCAUAAUUGUUGCUUUAUACCCAGAAGUGGAAGUGUUCUGGGCUGGGCCCAUUGCAGUAUUAUUUAACACACAAAUAAUCUCCUUUCUCUUGACUACAAAUGUGGGGUAAGUAGUGGUGGUGGUAAUAGUAAGUAAAUAAUAUUUUUAAAUGUUAGGAUAUACUGUAGGAGAAGUGUUAACAGAGCAAACACCUACACCAAAUGGCAGCUAACCUAAUGUGUGGAUUCCAUUCUUUAAAAGCAGAACAGUUUUCAGCACUCACUUUCCCGCUUUGGAAAGAAAUCACACCCACAAUUGUCCCACACCCUACCCCAUUUUGUGCAGCAUCAUUGAUGUCAUCUAGACAUAGCCAAAAAUGGUCCUAAAGCAGCGCUUCCCAACCUUUGGGUCCUCAGAUGUUCUUGGACUACAAUCUCCAGAAAUUCUGGCCAACACAGCUAGUAGUGAAG